UCUCCUCUUCUCACCCAUUUCUUGUCUCGUUUCCAUCAAUCCUUUUGUCUUUCAUUCCACAGGUUCUUGGUUUAUUUGGAUGUGGUGAUUAUGGAUAUGGAGUCUUGGAAGUUGCUCAGAAGUGUUUGCCUACUUUCUUUUCUCCUUGGCUCUUGUUUUGUGUAUCAAAGCCUUCGUGUUGUUGAUGCUCAAGAAGAUCCAAAACCAGCCGUGACUUUGCAAGUAGAUGCUUCUAAUGGAGCUGGACGACCCAUUCCUGAAACGCUAUUUGGGAUAUUCUUCGAGGAGAUCAACCAUGCUGGUGCCGGUGGAUUAUGGGCCGAACUUGUUAGCAACAGAGGGUUUGAAGCUGGUGGGCAAAACACACCCUCUAAUAUUUGGCCAUGGUCCAUUGUUGGUGAUCAUUCAUCCAUAUAUGUAGCUACAGACCGUUCAUCAUGCUUUGAACGGAAUAAAAUCGCAUUGAGAAUGGAUGUACUUUGUGAUAGCAAAGGUUGUCCAUUGGGAGGUGUCGGAGUUUAUAACCCUGGUUACUGGGGCAUGAAUAUUGAAGAAGGAAAGAAGUACAAGGUGGCUCUUUAUGUGCGUUCAACUGGUGAUAUCGAUGUGUCUGUGUCGUUGACGAGCUCGAAUGGAUCACUGACUCUUGCUUCUGAAAAGAUCAUAGCUUCUGCUUCUGAUGUUUCGAAAUGGAUUAAAAAAGAGGUUCUUUUGGAGGCAAAAGGUACAGAUCCUAGUGCAAGACUCCAGUUAACAACAACCAAGAAAGGGUCAAUAUGGAUUGACCAAGUCUCCGCCAUGCCAGUGGAUACUUACAAGGGACAUGGUUUUAGAAACGAUCUUUUCCAAAUGAUGGUUGAUAUUAAACCCCGUUUCAUCCGGUUCCCAGGUGGUUGUUUUGUCGAGGGUGAAUGGUUAAGUAAUGCCUUCCGAUGGAAAGAAACUGUAGGACCUUGGGAAGAGAGACCAGGACAUUUUGGUGAUGUUUGGAAGUAUUGGACCGAUGAUGGCCUUGGCCACUUUGAGUUCUUUCAAAUGGCAGAAGACAUUGGUGCAGCCCCGAUAUGGGUGUUUAACAAUGGGAUAAGUCACAAUGAUGAAGUUGAAACUGCCAGUAUCAUGCCCUUUGUUCAAGAAGCACUCGACGGUGUCGAGUUUGCCCGAGGAGAUGCUAAUUCUACAUGGGGAUCAGUUCGAGCUAAAAUGGGACGCCAAGAACCUUUUGAACUGAAAUACGUUGCUAUUGGGAAUGAAGAUUGUGGAAAAACUUACUACAGAGGAAACUAUAUUGUGUUCUAUGAUGCUAUCAAAAAAGCCUAUCCAGAUAUCAAAAUCAUAUCCAACUGUGAUGGAUCCUCUCAUCCGCUCGACCACCCAGCUGAUUACUAUGACUAUCACAUUUACACUUCUGCUAGCAAUUUGUUUUCCAUGUAUCAUCAAUUUGACCGCACUUCACGCAAUGGUCCAAAGGCUUUUGUCAGUGAAUAUGCUGUGACUGGAAAAGAUGCUGGUACGGGAAGCCUUCUCGCCUCUCUUGCAGAAGCUGCGUUUCUCAUUGGUCUUGAAAAGAAUAGUGACAUUGUGGAAAUGGCAAGUUAUGCACCACUCUUUGUGAACACAAACGAUAGACGGUGGAACCCUGAUGCAAUAGUCUUCAAUUCCUCCCAUCUAUAUGGAACUCCAAGCUAUUGGGUGCAACGGUUCUUCGCAGAGUCAAGCGGAGCAACUCUUCUCACUUCAACACUCAAGGGAAACUCUACUUCUCUUGUUGCAUCUGCAAUCUCUUGGAAAAACAAUGGCAAAGAUUACAUACGCAUCAAGGCUGUAAACUUCGGAGCUAACUCAGUAAAUAUGAAAGUGUUGGUAACUGGAUUAGACCCGAACGUGAUGAGAGUUACAGGAUCAAAGAAGACAGUACUUACAUCUACCAAUGUGAUGGAUGAAAAUUCCUUCUCACAACCAGAGAAGGUUGUGCCACAUGAAAGCUUGCUAGAGAUGGCAGAGGAGGACCUGACCGUUGUUCUCCCGCCACAUUCCUUUUCUUCAUUCGAUUUGUUGAAGGAAUCUGCAAAAAUAAGAAUGCCAAUUUCUGAUUCUUCUUCCCAUCAGAAAACUACCACUGUGUGAACAAGGAAGUCAAAUAACUUCAUGUCAAAAGUCUCUUUGUGGUUAAAAUCUAAUUACAUUUUAUAAUUUAAAUCCGUGUGUAUAGAUAAUAAUAGUUUGGUGAAUAAAGUUACUUUCUUUAAUCAUGAGAGCAUAUCUCGACUUUGAAUAACUUGAUAUGUAACUAUGUAAGAAUGAAGAACAAGCUUGAGUGAUGAAUCAACAGUCUCUUUACUC